AGUCGGCGGCCGAACCCCGUGCGCGAAGCAUCGGCGCCGUCGUUGUUAUUUUCGUCAGCGCGAGCUGCACACCACGUGCCGAUCUCUAGUGAGUGUAUCACGCGAGAUAGAGCAAAAAAAUUGCCGAUUUUUAUUAUUCAUCGCUCGAAACGUUUUGGUGUGUGGUGAUGACACUGUGCUUCGCUGGUUCGGUGGGAGAUCGGCGAGGGAUCGUUACAUGCGGCUGAGGAUCUAUUAUUGGGACUUUCGGAUCCUUGUGGAGAGGUGGAAGUUUAGCUGAGGAUUUCGGGUGUAAGCUUGAGAUCGCAGCCCGCAAGCACAAAGGAAUAUCGCCGAGCGCGCCUCUUGAAUGCAUAUAGCAUGCGUGGACAUAGGCGCACACUGCGCCGGUGAUACGCUGAAUAAUAGAAGAACGUCGAGUGCGCCGCUUUACAACGAAUAAUUAUCAAAUAGCGAGCUGUGCCACUGGAAAAGUGCGAGGCUGUUGUUGUUGUACUUCUGUCGGUUGUCAUUGUUGUCGUUGAAAGUAGGAGGAAAAACAGAUCGACGCGAAAGGCCAAAUGCUGGGCUCAUCGAGUGGUCGAGACCGAUGAGCAGCGCAGGGGCACAUAAAUGCGCCUGAGGAAGGCACGAGGACGAUGCUGCUGCUGGCCAGGCAACCGCAACAAGUUCUCGCGCCGCUGCUGCUCUUCGGGUUUCUCGCGAGCGCCGGCAGCGAGAGGGAAAAGUCGCCGGCAGUCGGCCUCGAGCCUCAUGGAAUCACUUCGACGGCCGUCGCGAGGACGACCACCGCGGGGAUGCCUCUCCAAGCGGCUUUUCAUCGACGCUGGACAACUUUGUCCGAGGCAUCGUACUCGACGGAAAUCGACGAAUCGAUAAUGAACUUCACAAGUCGUUAUCGAAGAAAGGUCGACCACGAGGCUUGCGUUAAAUUCGAGGAAGGCGACCCGCAUAAGCAGGAGUUUUUCAGUCCGGGAUAUCCAGACCGAUACCCAAAGGACAUCGACUGUUACAAAGUUCUCGAAGCCGAUCCGGGCAUGGUGCUGAGGGUGGAGUUCCGGGACAGCUUCGAGCUCGAGGAGCACGAUAAGUGCGAGAACGACUACUUGGACGUGCACGACGGGAAGUACGGCUACUCGAGGCGACUCGGCAAGUUCUGCCGGGCGUUUCCAUUUCCGGAGAUCACCUCGAGCACCAGGUACCUCUGGCUUCACUUUCGCAGCGACGGCAGCAUACAGGGCACUGGAUUUCGAGCUGUCUGGAAUAUGAUUCCGCGGCCUACAGUCAAGACACCCGAGCCGGAAGAGUGUAUCCUGAACGUAACCAAUCACUUGGAGUACAUCAUAAGAACGUCGGAAAUCGCCGAUCGGAAAAAGCUCGCCGCCGAACAGGGCACCGAAAUCGACUGCGUGUGGAACAUCACCGUACCCGAGGGCUACAAGAUUCAGAUAACGUUCCCGAUCUUCACACUGGACAAGCCGAACGAGUGCGAUAUCAAUUACGUGCAAGUGUUCGAUAAGCAGCCGACGAUGCUGAACAAUCCGAAGAUCAUUCAAACCUUCUGCGGGAGUAUAGCCGAUCUCGUGACCAGCGCGGACAGGGAAGCGUACCUUCGAUUUUACGUAACCAAAUCGGCGAUCAAUAGCAGCUUCGAGGCCAUCAUGACUGCCAUUCGCGAGAAAGGAAGCGGUAAAGAUAAAGACAAAGGUUGCACCGACGAUGAAUUCGACUGUCAAGACGCUUGCAUCUCGGGCAAUCUAAAAUGCAACGGUCGUGCGAAUUGCCGCUUCCGUUUCGACGAGGAUCCGGACAUCUGCAAUAAAGUAAACACGGGCCUGGACUUGCACGCCCCACACGUGAUCAUCAUCAUAGUGGUCUUCACGUCCAUAUUGUCCGGCCUGGUAAUGGUCGGCCUCUACAACUUCAUCAAAGUCCUCAUCCGCGACGGCCGCAUCAUCAAGGGCAACUACCGCGAGUCUCGCGAGAAGAGUCUCGACGAGCUCGGUCGCAAGUCGAACCCCAUGAUAGAGCCGUGUACCGAGAUCGGCGGUAGCGACCACCACCAACACCAUCAUCGUCACCGGCACUCGAGCGAGUCGCCGAGUCUCGAGGUACUGGCGAAACCCAAGGAGCUGGUGAGCUCCGUGACGGUAAUCGACCGGGACUACGCGAGGAAGCGCAGGAGCGUCUCCAGAGUUUCGCUCGAAGUCUGCGAUAUUCACCAGAGUAAUAACGAUAGCAACGCCACGACGGAGAGGCUGCAGAAGGAGACGAGGGACAUGGAGGUCCAGACCAGGGAGAGCAUAUUCGACACGGGCUUCAUACUCAAGCCUACGGCGCAUCCGGCCUUUACUACUUUUGGAUUCCAGACGCCGGUGAGUUCGCGCAAGCAAUCGCUCGAGUACCACCCGGACCACCACUACCACCACCACGCCCACCCGCACCACCAUGCGCAACCGUUCACCUACCACCAUCACCACCAUCACUUGCACCGGCAGGUGACGGCGGACGGUAGCUCGCCCUCGGAUCGCUCGCCGCCCGAGCCGAGUCCGCAGCGCUGCUCGGUAUGCCAGGAGCCGGGGCCCUGUCUCCAGCACAGCUCGACGCCGCCGAUCGUACCGGCGCCGCACGGCUUCUCGGGCCACGGAUCCGUCCUCUACCAGCCCCAGGACCUCGCCUUUCUCCAGCGACUCGGCGAGGCCACCAGCCCCAAGCGUAUGGCCACCGCCGUCGCCGGGGAGACCGAGAUGCUCAACCUGAGCCCCUCGAAGUACAUGGUGAGACAGAAGACCGUCGGCUCGGGCGAGAACUACGGCUUCAUCUACGGCGCGGACGACAACAACACGAGCGAGCACACCGGCAGCAGCGCCACGAGCUCCAUCAGGUUCGGCACGGCCAAGCCCGUCAAGUGCCCUCAGGUCGCCGACUCGAGGUUCAAGACCGAGGCCGUGAUCGAGGUCGACCAGAAGCGACCGUUCAGCAUAGAGAGCACCAAGAGCGCGCCCGACGUCAUCGCGACGCACUGACGCAGGAGUGCUGGGGACUGGGAGUCUUACGGAGACGACCACCCCCGCGAGCACGAGUCGACUCAGGCUCAGGACUCGAGCGUCCUGACCCCCAGCGAGAAGCCCGAAAAGCCUCCCGGCGGCGGUAACCUCGAGGCGUCGAAAGCUUCGCUGGCCGACGACAGCGCGGUCGUCGCCUCCUGAUCGAGGACCGAGUCUCCGCCCUUCCACGAGUAUGUGGCCCCGAUAGUACUGCAAACGCCUUGCAAGCACUGGCGCCAGUGUCCGAGACACUCCAGCCUCCAGAGGAGACGCUGCGAGCUGCACGACUCGGACUUCCUCGAUCGCACCUGGCCGCGCCGUUUGCCCCCCAGCAAAGAACCACUGAGAGCUUCCAAGUCCCAGAGGAACUUCGGCACGCAGUGCAACCUGGCGGACUUUCGGGAGAAACGCGCCGGACCGGCCAUACCGGUCUAGCACACCCUGACGACGACGACGACGACGACGAGGAGGAUCGAUCAGGUGAUGCGAGGAACAUGAUUCGGUUUUUUCAUGUGACUUGGGUUUGUUUCCUUCGAGAGGCGGUUCGAGGGUGGGGACUCGAUUAUUUUUCGUCUGUUUUGUACGUAUACCACUUGCCACGCAUACGAGACGAGAGGGUUUUUUAUAUUGCGGAGAUAUUUUGAAGACCAAAUUUUUUCGAUACACACGCACGCGCGACACGUCAAUUUGUAAAUUGUUCGAUUUGUAUAUGAGUCGUGGAGGACGGAUUUUUCAAAUCGAGGAACGAUGCGUACGUUGUACGUUUACUUGCUACACACAAAGUGUACGUUAUCGAAGAGUUUUGUAAUCGAGUACGUUUAAUUAGGGAGAAAAUUGUUUUUCACUGCGACAGUCGAGGUAGAGCUGUGUAUCCGUUGCGAGGAACUUUUAUACGGUUUUCUGUGUCGCACGCGCGUAUAACUUUGUAUAGAGAGCGUAUCUCUGUUCCGUUGUUAAAAUGGUUUUUCACGGAAAUUCUCCUUUGAAAACGACGCACAAAUUCGCACGAGAAACUGUACAACUACGCGAGUGCAGCGAGCUUCCGGGAAAUUGGUAUAGAGCUUUACUUUGCGCGCGCGCGCGACAACUUUUUGUAUUUUGUAUCAUAUCGAAAUUUUAAAUUUUUUACGUCGAAGAGAAAAAGGAACGUUUUUUUAUAUAAAACGCGUAAAUUUUCCACUCGGGCUCGGGCAGACUUUUAUUGUUUGUGAGCGAUCGAAAAGAAACGGUUAUUCUUUUCCGCAGCGAUGAGAGAAAACGCGACAACGGCAACUCGUUAUUUUCUUCAUAUCCGAGCUAGUAAAACUAAUAUUGGCGACGUGUGUGUGACGCGGAAAAUGAAGCGGCGCUGAGUUUGUUUAUUUGCGGGCGACGAAAGUGAGUUCGGUGAAAAUCACGUUCAAUUUCAGCCGCAAUAUCGGGACGGGAGAGCCACGUCAUAUCCCUUGCUGAUUUAUAUAGACGCACGUGUAUAGAGUAUACGUGUUCAGUUCAUUUCGAAGAUCGAGAUUCGCAUCCCGUGUGUUACGAAACCUUCGUGCUUUUAUUUCUCAUAUCGGUUCUUCGUUAUAUAUAUUGUAGACCGUUAUUAUCGCUCGUUGCAUUUUUAGAUAAUGAUCGGGGAAAUAAGCGCACAGCGCGUUUCGCCACUAUAUUGUGCUCGACGAUGACAAUCGAAGGUUUUGCAGACCGUUGGAGAUGCAUUUAUAGAGCUAAGCACAGCCGUUCACUGCAUUUUUCCAUAAAGACCGCAUAAUUGUACUGCGUAAAUAAUUCAAUUAUACGUCGGGUCAUCGAGCUUAUAUAUCUUGAAUUUUAAUGUUUCUGUGAUAAAGCAGCAAUCAAAUUAUUGUCGAAGCGAAAAUCAAAAGGUUCUUCAAGUUCCGUUAUCCCUUGACGAUGUGCGAGGUAUAAUUCAAUUAUUUUACAUAUUCAUUGCGAUUGAUUAUGUAAGAGCAACGAUUCUUUCUAUGUGCCUCGCUGUAAAAGCAUUAAUUAAUCUUCGUAUCACAACAGCAAUGAGAAACACGUAGAAUCGACUGAUCAAUCGGUUGGAGCAGUUAUUAACGCAACAGCUCAUCCAGUAAUUCUAGUUUUCCAUCGAACGGCAGGUACAUUGAAAGAAUCAGAUAGCAAGUGAGCAUUUUAAAAAUGUUUCAGUUCUUUUUCUGGUUGUGCGUAUACUACGCCAUUGAAUAGUUUCGCGACAACCACGUUAGAAAUAUUAUGAAUCGAGGAAGUGUAACUUCUAAAAUGAUUAUUGUUACGUUUCGGAGAAAAACGUUAAAUAUGAAUUACCAUUGUUGAUAACGUUUCAUCUUUACGAAAUGAUUAUAGGCGUCUUGUUUUGAGCGUAAGACCUGUACGACGAAUUGAAAAAGAAAACCGAUGAACGUCGACGUAUCGACCUGCCAUAGGAGAAUUUUCAGUUUGUGUACAGACAACGCGUUGACAUAUUUAGUGCAGAAUGUACAGAGUGUAAACAUUUGUAUAUAAAUAACAUACGAAUCAAACUUAUUUCAUAUAAAAUACAUAGGACUUUUGAAAGUUUCAAACGCA